UCCCACGCCUCCACCUCUCCACUCGGCUCCACCAUGUCCUGCUGCGGCUCCUUCUCCUCCCUGAGCUGCGGGGGCGGCUGCCUGCAGCCCUGCUGCGGCCGCGACCCCUGCUGCUGCCGCCCCGUGUCCUGCCAGACCACCGUGUGCCGGCCCGUGAGCUGCGUGCCCCGCUACACGCGCCCCAUCGUCGAGCCCUGCCCCAGGCCCGUGUGCUGCGACCCCUGCGGCCUGCAGGAGGGCUGCUGCCGCCCCAUCACCUGCUGCCCGUCGUCGUGCACGGCCGUGGUGUGCAGGCCCUGCUGCUGGGCGUCCACCUGCUGCCAGCCGGUGAGCGUGCAGGCACCCUGCUGCCGCCCUCCGUGCUGCCAGCCUGCUCCGUGCCGGGUGACCUGCAGGGGCCCCAGCCUUGACCCCUGCCAAUGCUGAGCUCCCCCAUGGUCACUGAAGGUCCCCAGAUGGUGGUCAGGUCUAUCCUGCCAAAGCUCACCACACCCGGACAGAACACCCCAUUAUCCUGACAACCCUGCUCCUCAUCUCUUCAAAGUAGCCUGUGCAGUGCGUUGAAGACGCCUUUCAGAACAGCUGAUAGAGUCUUGCGUCCUCCUUGGACUGCGCGGGAGCUCCUUUAGCAUGUUGUCUGUGUUCUAAUAAACGUGAUACUCCCAGC